CGUCACUGAUGAUGUUUUAGAUUUUUCGACCAAUCAGGUGACGGCUCCGGGCUGUGUUUACAAACCUUGUCUUGCUAAAGAAAACAUCUCUUAGUCUUGUCAUCCUUACUAUUCAGGAAGUGUUAGUUUAUUACAAUGGGCGGAGGUGAUCUAAAUCUGAAAAAAUCAUGGCACCCCCACACUCUGAAAAAUCAAGAAAGAGUGUGGAAAGCAGAACAGCAGAAGGCCGAAGAAGACCGGAAAAUGGCGGAACUACAGAGAGAACUCAAGGAGGAAAGGGAGAGGGAGAUGCUGCAGAAGACUGCCGAGGAAUCUGGAGCCAUAGAGAAGAAGGGUGAUGCCAAGCUUGAUUGGAUGUACAAGGGUCCCGGGGGCCAUGUCAGUCGAGAAGAGUAUUUGCUUGGCCGUAAGAUCGAUUCUGCUUUUGAGCAGAUGGUUAAGUUAGAAAUGGAAGAGAAGGUAGAGGAGUCAGGCACCACCGAACAGCAGAACAAGCCUGUUUACACAAUUGAACAUGAAAUCAACCCCGAGUCUGUUGUCCGGAGAGGAAACGAUAAUUUGCAAGUUGAUAUGCGUCGCAAGUUGCUGGAAGACCCUCUGCUGUUGAUCCGUCAGAGAGAAGAGGAAACGAAACGGGAAAUUACUGCUAAUCCAGUCAAGAUGAAACAGUUGCAACAGUUGAUAUCUAGUAUCAAGUCCAAAAAAUCUAAAAAGAAAAAGAAAAAGAACAAAAAGAAGGCCAAGUCAAAGAAAAAGUUUGUUCAUGAAAGUGAUUCAUCUGAUUCAGAACACAGAAGUAAAUCCAAAAAGAAAGCAAAGAAACGAUCUGUUAGCAGCAGUGACUCCUCUGAUUCUGAAGACGAUAGAAGAAGAAAGAAGAAAACGGCAGAGAAGAAAGCAAUGAAGAGAUCUGGCAACACCAGUGAUUCCUCUGAUUCAGAGGAUGAUAGAAGAAGGAAAAAGAAAACUACCGAGAAGAAAGUUCGGAAAAGAGCGGCUAGCAGUGGUGAAGCAUCGAGUUCAGACGACGGUAAACGAAGUAAGUCAAAGACGAAGAGGAAAUCCAAAUCUAGCAGUGAUGAUUCAGAUGACUCUUCAUCUGACUCAAGUGGAUCUUCCAAAGAUAGCGACAAAAGAGGGGAAAAGAGAAAGUACGACUCAAGAGAGAAGCAAAAUUUUUUUGAUAAUCGCAGAGAUGACCACAGAAGAUGGAGGAAUGAUAGUGAAAAACAAGAUAACAGAAUUGCAAACAGAGAUGAGAGAUAUGGCAACAGAGAAUUUGAAAGGAGGAGAUAUGACAACAGAGGUAGAGGUGCAUUUAGAGGUUAUAACAGAGGUGGAGGAAGGAGCAGAGAGAGAUAUGAGGAUAGGCCUAGAAAUCAAUAUAAUUAUGGCAAAAAUCACGAUCAAUAUGGCGGGAAAUACAGGCAUGCUCGUGAUCACACAAGAAGCAGGAGUAGAAGUCGUAGCCGAGAUAGAAAAUAUAGAGACGACUCAAGGGGCAGAGAUGACCCUGGGAGAAGCAAGCAGAAGUUUUCUGAGAAAGAGAUGGAGAAGAAACGGCAAGAGAUGAUGGAGGCAGCCCGUAAGAGGGACGAAGAUCGAAAGGAGAAUGUACUGAGAUACGUUGAAGAGAGGAAAAGAGAAGAGGAAAUGGAAAAGGAUGUUAGUAAAUUUAGAAGAAGUCACCUCCUCUCUGCUGCUUCCAAGGGAUCCAUUGAAGAUCGUGUGAAAUCAAGGGUGAGUUCCAUGCAGAAAGGAUCUUCACACAUGGAAAGUAACUUUGCCCGCAAGUAAAGGUGGUGCAAACCAUUUGUUGUACAGUUGUACUUAUGGUAAAAGCUUUUGAAGAAC